CUUCAAAGAUCACAAGUGCCUAUGCCAUUUCGAGUCACCGGCUCGACUGAGGAAUGUCCAUCCCCCGCGCGCUCAGAUCAUGUACUGGAUGGGCCCGUUUUAUUUUUAACCCGGCGGCGGGGUGGGUCACUCUCUCUCCCUCUGCUGGGAAUGACCGUGGAGCCAGUGGAGCCGACCGUCCCGUUCCCAUGUCCCCCCGCGCAGGACCGUGCCACCUUGCUCCGUGAAGACCCAGAGGAACCCCGUACUGCCGCUGCUUCUAUGGGAUUAUAAUUAGGACUUUGGCGCAGGGACAAGACUCUAAACGCGCUGGGACAAGAGGACAUUCAAAAACUUUCAGCUCAUCAGCUUUCUCCAACCUGCCUCAUCCCCCCCGCUCCUCCACUCCACUCAUCGCUUCACUCUUUAACCCUCUGAGGACAGCAGCCUCUGUCCCCCGGUCCCUCUGUCCAAAAUGGCUGCCGUGUUGACCUCCACCACUGGCACCUCCACCACAGACUUCGACAGUGUGGAGAUUACGCAGCAGUACAGCCAGAUCAACUCUCGCUUUGAGCUUGCAGACGAGGAGCUGGACAAUGACAACAGCUCCGCUCGGCUUUUCGAACGCUCGCGAAUCAAGGCCCUGGCAGAUGAGCGUGAGGCAGUGCAGAAGAAGACGUUCACUAAAUGGGUCAACUCCAUCCUGUCCCGGGUCGGCUGUCGUAUCUCUGACCUGUAUCUGGACCUGCGGGACGGGCGCAUGCUCAUCAAACUGCUGGAGGUGUUAUCCGGAGAGAGGCUGCCCAAACCGACCAAAGGGCGAAUGCGUAUCCACUGUCUGGAGAAUGUGGACAAAGCUCUGCAGUUCCUCAAAGAGCAGAGGGUCCAUCUGGAGAACAUGGGGUCACAUGACAUCGUCGACGGCAACCACCGCCUCAUCCUCGGCCUCAUCUGGACCAUCAUCCUCCGCUUCCAGAUCCAGGACAUUAUUGUGGAAACAGGCCAAGCCGACCAAAAGGAGACUCGCUCGGCUAAAGACGCUCUGCUGCUCUGGUGUCAGAUGAAGACCGCGGGAUAUCCAAAUGUGAACAUAACAAACUUCACCACCAGUUGGAAAGAUGGCAUGGCCUUCAACGCUCUCAUACACAAACACCGGCCCGAUCUUGUGGAUUAUAACGCUCUGAGAAGGUCCAACCCGACGCACAACCUUCAAAAUGCCUUCAACGUGGCCGAGCAGAAACUUGGAGUGACAAAACUUUUAGACCCAGAAGAUGUGUUCACAGAAAACCCAGACGAGAAAUCCAUCAUCACUUAUGUUGUGGCUUUUUACCACUAUUUCUCUAAAAUGAAGCAGCUCGCUGUCGAAGGGAAGAGAGUGGGGAAGGUCCUGGACCAGGCCAUAGAGACGGAGAAGAUGAUUGACAAAUAUGAGACUCUGGCCUCAGAUCUGCUCAAGUGGAUUGAACAGACCAUAAUAAUCCUCAACAACCGAAAACUGGCCAACUCCCUGACCGGCGUCCAGCAGCAGCUACAGGCGUUCAACACCUACCGCACUGUCGAGAAACCUCCAAAGUUCCAGGAGAAGGGAAACCUGGAGGUGCUGCUGUUUACGAUUCAGAGCCGAAUGAGAGCCAACAACCAGAGGGUCUACACACCUAAAGAGGGGGCCCUGGUCUCUGAUAUUAACAGGGCCUGGGAGCGUCUGGAGCGGGCCGAGCACGAGCGCGAGAGGGUCCUGAGAGACGAGCUGAUCCGACAGGAGAAACUGGAGCAGAUGGCACGCAGGUUUGACAGGAAGGCCGCCAUGAGAGAGACCUGGCUCCUGGAGAACCAAAGACUAGUGGCUCAGGAUAAUUUUGGUUACGACCUGCCAGCGGUGGAGGCGGCGAAGAAAAAACACGACGCCAUCGAGACGGACAUCGCGGCGUACGAGGAGCGCGUUCAAGCCUUGGUGAACAUCUCAAAGGAGCUGGAGGCGGAGCGUUACCAUGACGCCAAACGCAUCGACGUGAGGAAAGACAACAUCCUGAGACUGUGGGACUACCUGCAGGAGCUGCUCAAGGCCAGAAGGGGGCGUUUGGACAAGAAUCUCACUUUACAAAGGAUCUUCCAAGAAAUGCUCUACAUCAUCAACUGGAUGGAUGAGAUGAAGGCCCGCCUGCUGUCUCCAGACUUUGGGAAGCACUUGUUGGAAGUGGAGGACCUGCUCCAGAAACACGCUCUGCUGGAGAAUGACAUCGCGCUGCAGGCGGAGAGGGUCCAGGGCGCCAGUGCAGCUGCGCUCAAGUUUGCUAACGGAGAUACCUAUAAGCCGUGCGACCCUCAGGUGAUCCGGGACAGGGUGCAGCACUUGGACCUGUGCUACCAAGAGCUAUGUGCUUUAGCGGCUCAGAGGAGAGCGCGUUUGGAGCAGUCCCGUGAAUUCUGGACCUUUCUUUGGGAAGUGGCCGAACUGGAGAGCUGGAUUCGCGAGAAAGAGCAGAUUUUCUCAUCCCUGGAUUACGGAAAAGACCUUACAAGCGUCCAAAUUCUUCAAAGCAAGCACAGCGCGUUUGAGGACGAACUUGGGGCCAGAAGAAACCAUCUACAGCAAGUUUUAGCUGAAGGAGAUAAAAUGGUCCAAGCUAAACAUUUUGGAGCACCUCAAGUUCAAGAAUCCAUGAAUGACAUCAAGAGGCAGUGGGACCAGUUGGAAGAGCUAGCCGCGUUUCGCAAACAAAAUCUGCAAGAUACGCAAAGAUUUUUCCAGUUUCAAGGCGAUGCGGAUGAUCUCAAAGCCUGGCUGUUGGACACUAAGAGGCAGAUGACCAGUGAAGACGUUGGAAAUGACGAAUAUACCACACAGCGCCUACUGAAAAAGCACAAUGAUUUGAGAAAUGAAACUAUCAAGAAUGGGGCUACCAUAGAAGCGCUGUCCAAACAAGCUAACGCGCUACCAGAAGAGCUGCAGAACACGCCGGAUAUUCAGAGGAGGCUUAAGGAUAUUAAAGAUUUGUACAUGGAGCUCCUGGCGCUUGCUGAUCUCAGGCAGAAGAAGCUGGAUGAUACGAUGGCACUGUACACAAUCUUCAGUGAGACCGAUGCUUGUGAGCUCUGGAUGGGCCAGAAGGAGACGUGGUUGGUCGGGCUGGAUGUGCCGGAAAAAUUGGAAGAUCUGGAAGUCAUACAAAACAGGCUGAGCAUCCUGACUCAAGACAUGGCCAACGUUCAGUCCCGGGUGGAUGACGUGAACAAAGCAGUGAAACAGCUGGAGGAGAGCAGACACCCUCGCACCAAAGAGGUCAAAGACUGUCAGGCACGGCUCAACAAGAGAUGGGAUGCGUUCAAAGCCAUGGUGGAGGAGAAGAAACGAAAGAUCGACUCUGCUCUGAGUUACCACAACUACGGCCUGGAAUGCGACGAGACCGAGGCCUGGAUCAAGGACAAAACCCGGGUCAUCGAAUCCACUCAGGAGCUGGGCAACGAUCUCGAAGCCGUCAUGACCAUCCAGAGAAAACUCUACGGUAUCGAGCGAGAUCUAGCCGCGAUUGACGCCAAGCUGAUCUUUUUGAGGAAAGAGGCGGACCAGUUGGCGCAGGACCACCCCGAUAACGCUGCAGACAUUUUAGCUCGUAGGAGAGAGCUCGACAACGCCUGGGAUACGCUCAAAAAGACUCUGAAAGAUAGAGAAGAUUCGUUGGGCGAAGUCAGCAAGCUCCAAAGUUUCCUGCAAGAAAUGGACGAUUUCCAGUCUUGGCUUUUCAAAACUCAAAAGGCAGUGGCGUCCGAAGAAAUGCCAGCGACGUUGCCGGAAGCGGAGGAGGAGUUAAGUCUCCACGACGCCGUCCGUGAAGAUAUAAACAACCACGAGGAGGACUACCACAGGGUGAGGGAUACGGGGGUGCAGGUGACCGCGGGGCAAGAGGACGAUCCGCAGUACCAGCAGUUGGAGCAGAGGCUGAAGGGGCUGGACAGAGGCUGGGUGGAGCUGCAGAAGAUGUGGGACAGUCGCAAGAACUUCCUGGACCAGGCUUUCGGAUUCCAGCAGUUUGUGAGGGAUGCCAAAGCAGUGGAGGCCAUACUCAAUAAUCAGGAGUACACGUUGGCGCACAUAGACAAGCCGGACACCUUGGCGGGGGCAGAGAAGGCGCUGAAGAAACAUGAGGAUUUCGUGAGCACCAUGGAAGCCAACGAGGAUAAGAUUGACGGAGCGCUGCAGUCUGGACAGAGGCUGGUGGACGCCAACAACCUGUACGCUAACAAAGUCCAGGAGAAGAUGGACUCUAUUCGCGACAGGCGGGACAAGAACAAGCGCAGGGCCCAGGAAGUCUCAGGAAAACUCAAAGAUAACCGCGACCUGCAGCACUUCCUCCAAAACACUCAGGACCUGACUGUGUGGAUCAAUGAGAAGAUGCUGACGGCCCAGGACACGUCGUACGAUGAGGCCCGGAACCUUCACUCCAAAUGGCUUAAGCACCAGGCCUUCAUGGCCGAACUCGCCUCCAACAAGGACUGGCUCAACAAAGUGGAUCAGGAGGGGCACGAGCUGAUGGACUCCAAACCAGAAUUUGAGCCCAUCGUAAGAGAGCGACUGGCGAAACUUCACGAGCUGUGGGACAAACUGGAGUCCACGGCGGAGGAGAAGGCCCGGCUUCUGUUCGACGCAAACCGCUCUGAGCUGUUUGACCAGAGUUUAACCGAUAUCAAGAAGUGGCUGAAAGAACUGCAGCUACAGCUCAAGAGCGGAGCCGAGGAGGACGUGAGGGACCUGACCAAGGCCAACAUCCUGCUCAAGAAACAUCAGCUGACAGAGAACCAGGUGCGUGACCGCGGCCGCGAGCUGGACGAGCUGCAGGAAGCGGUGAGGAAACACGGGGGCAGAGAGGACCAGCCCGCUCUGGAGGCGGAGCAACAGAGUCUGAGGGCGGAGUUUCAGCAGCUCCUCACCCCUAUGGCCGAACGCAAAGGCAAACUGGAGGCUGUGAAAGCCGUGCAUCAGUUCUACAGGGACCUGGCAGAUGAGCUGCUGUGGAUUGAGGAGAGGAUGCCUCUGGCCAUGUCACAGGAGCACGGACACAACCUGCAGACUGUGCAAAUGCUGCUGAAAAAGAACCAGACGCUGCAGAAGGAGAUCGAGGGUCACCAGCCCCGUGUGGACGAGGUGUUGGAGCGGGGCAGGAGGAUGGAGGCGGCGGUUCGGGCGGAGGGCAGACCGGAGGCGGACAAGAUCCAGGAGCAGCUGAAUGACCUGGAGACGUCCUGGGACACUCUGCAGGACGAGAUGGACAAACGCAGGGAGAGGCUCAACGGCUCCAACCGCGCUCAGCAGUACUACAACGACGCAGACGAAGCGGAGGCCUGGAUCGGAGAGAAGGAGCUGUACAUGAUCGCAGACGAGAAGGCCAAGGAUGAACAAAGCGCUAUGCUGAUGCUGAAGAGACACAUUAUUCUGAAACAAGAUGUAGACGACUACGAAGACGCCAUCCAAAAACUGGCGGACCGUGCGCAGAAGAUGUUUGCUGAAGAACAUCCAGAUGGCGAGGCCAUAAUCAGACGCCAGAGCCAGGUGGAUAAGCAGUACGCCGGGCUGAAGGAGCUGGCCGAGGACCGCAAGAAGAAGCUGGACCACACCUACCAGCACUUCCUGUUGAGCCGAGAGGUGCAGGACCUGGAGCAGUGGAUCGCAGAGCGGGACGUGAUUGCGUCGUCUCAGGAGAUGGGGCAGGACUUGGACCAUGUCACGCUCCUCAGGGAUAAGUUCCGUGAAUUCGCCCAUGAGACCGGGAUGGAGGGUCAGGGCCGCGUGGAUUUUGUGAAUCAAACCAUCGACGAGCUGAUCGAGGGGGGCCACAGCGAGGCCGCCGCCAUGGCCGAGUGGAAGGACGGCAUCAACGAGAGCUGGGCCGACCUCCUGGAGCUCAUCGACACGCGCAAACAACUGCUCACCGCCUCCUACGAUCUGCUUAAAUAUUUCGACGAUGGCAAAGAGUUGGUGUCCCAGAUCUACGAGAAGCAGACUGAGCUGCCUGAAGACGUGGGCGAUGAUUUCAGUAAGGCCGAGUCGUUCCACCGGGUGCACGGUGCCUUUGAGAGAGACAUCACCGCUCUGGGCAAACAGGUGCAGCAGUACCAGGACACUGCAGCCCGCCUCUACGCGCAGUACGCCGGGGAACAGGCUGUAGCGAUCCAGGCCUCAGAGCAGGACGUGCUCCAGGCCUGGAAGAGUCUGCUGGAGGCCAGUGACGGGCGGCGGGCUCAGCUCGUCGACACGGCCGAUAAGUUUAGGUUUUACACGAUGGUCCGAGACCUCAUGGCCUGGAUGGAGAGUAUCAUCCAACAGAUCGAGACGCAGGAGAAACCGAGGGACGUCUCCUCCGUGGAGCUGCUGCAGAAGUACCACCAGGGGAUUCGCUCGGAGAUAGAGGCGCGUGGAGCCAAACUCACCGACUGUACAGACCUGGGCACGGCUCUGUUGGCACGAAAACACCGCGACUCUGCAGAGAUCAAAGAGAAGUUGGUGCAGCUGAUGGAGAAGAGGAAGGAGAUGAUGUUCAAAUGGGACGACAGAUGGGACUGGCUCCGACUGCUGCUGGAGGUGUGUCAGUUUGCCCGGGACGCCUCUGUAGCCGAGGCUUGGCUGAUCGCACAGGAGCCGUACGUGUCCAGUCGGGACUUGGGACGCUCUGUGGACGAAGUGGAGAAACUCAUCAAGAGACACGAGGCCUUUGAGAAGUCCACGGCCACAUGGGAGGAGCGAUUCUCUGCUCUGGAGCGGCUCACCACGUUGGAGUUGUUGAGCCUGAGGAGGGAGCAGGAGGAGAUGGAGCAGUUCAUUAAAGAGGAGCUUCAGUCGGACCGAGAAAGCAGGAAAGAGGACACUGGUUUCGUGGAGGACUCGUCUCAGCUGUUCACUGUGGAGGAGCAGACUCUGUCUGGCUCCGCAGCAGUGGCCCCCAGCACCGUUCAGCUGGAGGGCCCAGCGGGGGACACUACAGUUCCCAUUGAGUCUGAGAUGAAGGAGAGUGGUUCUCUGGAGCUGGAUCCCUCUGUCUCUGUGUCCAGUCUGAAAGAGCCAGAGCGGGCGUCGACUCUCCCCCCCGAGUCCCUGAAGAGCCAGGCCGUCCUGCAGGAGGGGCCGCUGGGACGCAAACACGACGUGGAGGGGUCGGGCAAGAAGGCGUCCAACCGGUCUUGGAACAACCUGUACUGCGUGUUACGGCCAGGGCAGCUCAGUGCGUAUAAAGACGCCAAGAGCUACGGGCAGGGACUCACGUAUCACGGCGAGGAGCCCCUGUCGCUCACCGGCGCCAUCUGGGAAAUCCUGAGUAACUACAAGAAGAAGAAGCAUGUGGCCAAGCUCCGUCUGACAGACGGCAGUGAAUAUCUGUUCCAGUGCAAAGACGAGGAGGAGCUGCAGCGCUGGAGCCAGGCCAUGGACCGGGCCCUGGAGAGCUCCACGGAGGCCCCCGCAGAGGAGGGGCCCUCAGGGGCCAAGAGCCAGACCUUGCCCCCGGUCUCCACCUCCACCCCGGAGCCCGGCUCUGCCAAGAAGGACAAGGAGAAGAUGUUCAGCCGCUUUGCCAAGAAGAAGUGAGGAGGGAGGAGGUUUACCCCGGCAACCCCAAAACUAGAAAGUACUUUUGUGUACGAGCCACCAGAGAAAGCUUUUAAAUGAGAUUUGUUUUUAUUUUUCAAUAUAAUUAUUGUAGUUUAGGUUCAUGCCACUAUUUGCUUGUAUUUAAGCAGCAUUUCAUUGUAAAGAUCCACGUUUUUGUUCUUUUGCCAUAGUCAGAUGAUAAAUUAAAGCACAGAACGCUCUUUUCACUCAACCAAAGAUUGUCCUAUUGUUACUUUUGCUGCAGUUUUUGCUUCAGUUUGGGACGUUAGGCCAUAGACGUGUACUACAGUGAGCUGCGUACAUGAGGGUGACCUGAGUACUCACAGUACUUGUAUAAUCUGCCUUAUAAAUGGUUGUGAACUGUAAUACUGUGCUGGAUCUGGAGAGUAGAACCCGACUGAAGCUUUGUAAAUGAGACGAGCGCUGUACAGUGUGAACUACAGGGACAGUAUAAUCUAUGCACCGUCAGAUGAUGAGCGAGUCUGACUGGACAAAGUGUUUUUAUUCACUUGAAAUAUACUCCGCACUCAUGUAUUGAACUCAGAGUUUCAUAUUUAUUCUUCAUGUAUGCAGCAUAUCUACCGACGCAUGUGUACAAUGUCUGUUUUAUGUAUGUUUUGGUUUGACAUGGUGCUAUUCUGACAUUUUCAAAUCAAGACCAAGUACAAUUAGUUCAACUUUGACAUAAAGUGACACAUAAACUAUUUGACGAUUUUAGUAUGAAUCAAAGUCGAGGAAAUGUCCGUAUUUCUUUUGUAUUUCCCUAAAAAAGACGGAACAAAUGGGAGCGAGAUGAAACCAGAAAACCACAUUCACUUUUCUAUGAAUGUAAAGUAGAAAGAAACAUUUGGUCUGUGCUAUAUUACAGAAAUACAUACAUACAUGUUUAUUACUACUUAACGGGCGCAAACUCCCAGCUGCCUUCUUGCCUCAGAUACAGUUUUGAACUUCAAAACUAUUUCAUUUCUUAUCUAAAACUAGCAUUGACGUGAAUUAGUAAUAUUAACCGUUUUACUUCAAUGUGAAAGGAAUUAAAGCCAAGUUUAGUGAAGCCAUAGAACAUUUUCACACAGCCCGUUAUAAUGGUUUGUAAUGUCACUUAUAUCCAGUCACUAUAUUUACAGAAUGCAACUUACAGACACUUGAUUCUCAUAGUUUAUCCUCCACUGCACCACACCUGCCUUUUCUGUUCAGUGGUUUUUAAUCUGCAUUUUGUACUCUCGACUAGCUGUGUAAAAUAGCCACAAAUGUUGACAGGUUUAAGUACCUUUUGAGAGAAUAAAGUUUAAAAUAAAUUAUAGAA